CGUUCCCUGUUUUUCACAUUCAGGGAUGCCUUCCAUUCUGAGCUCCAGCAGCAAAAUCAACUACGGCCACUCUUACGUCCUUAGCGAUCCGAAGCAGAAGAUGUAUGCUGAGAUGGAAAUGCGAGACGACCCGUUACGUUUUCCAGACGUAGGACUUGGCUGGACUCGAAAUACCCGGUGGGGAACUGCUGGAGCGUUCGCCAAAGUUUUCUCAAGCAUGGACAAGGAUAUGACGAAUGCAAAGUUCCCAUUCCUGAUUAUCCACGACCCGCAGGAUAAGAUUACCUUUUUCGAAGGCUCUGAAAAGUUGAUGGAACGCAGCCCAAGCAAUGACAAAGAAUUGCGCCGCUUCGACACAGGCGGUUUUCAUUGCAUUUGCUUCAUUGACCUAGAGGGAUAUGUUGGUGUCCAGUCAUCCUGGAUGAACCAGCGCUUGGCUUGAGUCGAAAAGAGUGGCCUCAUUGACGCGACGUGCCACGACUUGCCACGACUUGCCACGACGUGCCACGUUGCAGGACUUUCUUGAUCUCUCUGUACAAAGCAGAUAGAAUGCAGAUAGUGUUCUCACGGGGCGGUCGAGCGGCCGAGAGAUUUUUUGAACAAAAUGGCUGGUCUCUUUGUCC